AUGGACAAAGAGACAAGCUUUAUGCAUGCAAACAGCUUUGCACAGCAUCACGACACGGAGUUGUUCUCGAGUGAAGAAGACAGCAGUCUCUACUUCACCUACAGUGGUGGCUGCAUCGAGCUGGAGGUCAACAACCUGCACUAUGAGGUGGACACCGCAGCUCAGAUUCCCUGGUAUGAGAGGUUAUCAGAAUUCAAGUUACCCUGGGAGAUAAAAGGAAACAAGCAGAUUGCCAUCAACAACCUCAGCCUCCGAGUGCGCAGUGGACAGAUGUUGGCCGUCAUUGGCAGCUCAGGUUGUGGUAAAACGUCUUUGCUGGACAUUAUAACUUGCCGAGAUGAAGGUGGCACAAUGAAGUCUGGUCAGAUUCUGAUUAACGGGAAGCCCAACACACCCCAGCUGGUGAAGAAAAGCAUCGCUCACGUCCGCCAAGACGACCGUCUUCUUCCUCACCUCACCGUCCGCGAGACUCUCAGCUUUGUGGCCAAGCUGAGGCUCCCCACUCACUUCACACAGGCUCAGAGGGACCAGAGGGUGGAUGAUGUUAUUGCCGAGCUGCGGCUGCGACAGUGUGCUCACACCAGGGUGGGAAACGACUACGUGAGGGGUGUUUCUGGAGGCGAGAGGAGGAGAGUCAGUAUAGCGGUCCAACUUCUCUGGAACCCUGGUAUUUUGAUCCUGGAUGAGCCCACUUCAGGUUUGGACAGCUUCACAGCCCACAACCUGGUCAUCACACUGUCCCGCCUCGCCCGGGGAAACCGUCUGGUCCUGCUGUCGGUCCACCAGCCUCGAUCAGACAUCUUCCAGCUCUUCGACCUCGUCGUCCUGCUGUCGUCAGGUUCAGCUGUGUACUGUGGUGCAGCUCGUGACAUGGUGCCUUACUUCACUGCUCUGGGAUACCCCUGCCCACGAUACUGCAACCCCUCUGACUUCUAUGUUGAUCUGAUCAGUAUAGACCGCCGCUGUCCAGAGCGAGAGGCUGAGUGUUUGGAGCGGGCGCGAGUUCUGGCUGAGCAUUUCAUGGAGAAAGUCCGUGAUACUGACGACCACAUGUGGAAAUCAGCUGGGACCAGUGCAGCACUAACACAAACUGACAGGUAGCCACGAGAGAAUGUAAUCACUAUAUCCAGGGAACAAAACAAACUGCCUGGUGGACUGCACCAGUUUACCGUCCUCAUCAGGCGUCACAUGUAUAAUGACUUCAGAGACCUGGUCACCUUAUUGGUCCACGGCUUCGAGGCCCUCCUCAUGUCACUGCUGGUCGGUUGUCUCUACUACGGGGCAGGAGAGGAUCGCCUGACCGUCCAGGACACGGUGGCCCUCCUUUACAUGAUCGGAGCUCUCACCCCAUUCGCUGUGGUGCUGGACGUCAUAGCUAAAUGUCACACGGAGAGAGCCAUGCUCUACCACGAACUGGAGGAUGGCAUGUACUCUGUCACCUCCUACUUCUUCGCCAAGGUCUUGGGGGAGCUACCAGAGCACUGUGUGUUCACUUUGGUCUACGGUCUGCCCAUCUAUUGGCUGGCGGGGCUCAACGAGGCUCCGGACCGCUUCCUGCUCAACUUCUUGCUGGUUUGGCUGAUGGUUUACUGCAGCCGAGCCAUGGCCCUGUUUGUAGCCGCUUCACUGCCCACCCUGCAGACCUCCGCCUUCAUGGGCAACGCUGUGUUCACUGUCUUCUAUCUGACUGGAGGUUUUGUCAUCAGCUUGGAGAAUAUGUGGCUUGUGGCCUCGUGGCUCUCUUACGUCUCCUUCAUGCGUUGGGGUUUUGAGGGGAUGCUGCAGGUGCAGUUCAGAGGCAACAUGUACCCCGUCUCCAUUGGAAACUUCACCUUCAACGUCGACGGAAUAUAUGUGGUGGAGGCCAUGAGCAUGAACCAGUAUCCUCUGUACUCGUGCUAUCUGGUCCUGCUGGCGGUCUGUCUGAGCUUCAUGGUGCUCUACUUUCUGUCCCUGAAAUUCAUCAAACAGAAGUCCAGUCAAGACUGGUAAACAAAAUCAGUCCAACUUCAGCAAUCAGAACAAGCACCGUCUUCAAUGACACAAAUCAUUCAGGACAGAGUUUCGCUGUUUUUGCAGAAGUGGAAGGAAGUAAUUCAGUUUCAAGUUCGACUGGUUCGAGCUUUUGAUUGUCAAUUUUAUUGUUCUUAUUUUCAUGUUUGACUGUGGAAGAAGUUCUUAAUUUAGAGGAAUAAAUGUAAAUAUGUAUAUUGUGCUUUUAGAAUAUUUACAUUUUAUUAUAAUUUCAACAUUAAAAACUCUCUUUUAAAUAGUAGAAACGUGUAAAAUAACAACCCAGGCAUCUCAGUAUUAUAAAAUAAUUGAGAAAAAUACAGUAAUUCCUGUCAUGUUUCACUUGUCUAUGCAAUCUCAACAUGAACCCAGCCUUUAGAGUUUAAAAAUGGCAAAAAAUUUGAAUUUGUGUGAGAAAAUCAGCUGUUCUCACGUUGCGCUGCAGUGCUGCUGUCUGCUGCUGGAUGGCAGCAGAGCACUGCCUCAACAUGGAAAUUAAACCGAUGGAAAUGUUUCUCUCCCUCUCCUCUCUGUCAUGGCAAAUGAUUAGAGCGCUACUUUGGCAGAUAUCCAUCUGCAGCUUCUGCUUGUUCCAUUUUCAAUCUACUUUUUUUUUUUUUCUCCCACAGCUUUAUCUCUUCUUUUUUUUGUAUAUGUAAGGUUAUUAAGCUUACUGUAACAAUUGUGUGUGCCAGUAUAGGGAGCAAUGAGAAAAAAAUCCUAGUGGAGAUUUAGUAAGUCACACUCAGAAAAAAAAAAAAAAGACCUUGUACUUCUUAUGUCCUCAUAGAUUGAUGGUUAUGUAAGCUGUGUGUUUUUGCACUGGUGCAAAAGCCUGCUAAAUAUUUUACCAACAGUAAAGUAUUAAAUCAAA